AUGCUCUCAAGCUUGGAUGGCCUGGUGAAAGCCAGCGACCCGCGAGACAUGCGCAUCACAGCAGACUACGAGCCGAACCUCCAGAGGCGAACCUCUUGCUUCGGAAGGGGGUCUACCCCAACGAGUACAUGGACGGCUGGCCCCGAUUCGACGAGGAGGCCCUUCCCGGCGAAGGAGGCUUUCUACAGCAAGCUCUCUGGCGAAGGAAACACCGACGACGACUACGCUCACGGAAAAAGGGUCUGGGACGCCUUCGGCUGCACAAGCCUCGGCGACUACCACGAUCUCAACCUCCGGACCGACGUCCUCCUCCUCGCCGACGUCUUCGAGAACUUCGGAAAACUGUGCCUCGAGCGAUAUAAGCUAGACCCGGCCCACUACUACACGAGCCCGGACCGAAGCGGGGACGCUCUCCUCAAGCGCACAGGGGUUGAGCUCGAGCUGCUCACCGACAUUGACAUGCAUCUCUUCAUCGAGAAGGGCCUGCGUGGCGGGAUCAGUAUGGCCAGCAGGCGCUUCGCCAAGGCCAACAACCCCAAGGUGCCAGACUACGAUCCGGAGAAGCCCCAAAGCUGGAUACAGUACAACGACGCCAACAACCUGUACAGCUGGGCGAUGCCGCAGCCGCUGCCGACAGGCACGUUCGAGCGGGUCGCCCAAGAGGAUGUGAAGGUGGCACUGAAACAGCCUGUAGAUGCAGAGAAGGGCUACAUUCUCGAAGUCGAUCUGGAGUACCCAGAAGAGCUGCAUGACGAGAACAAUGCAUAUCCGUUAGCGCCAGAACAUCUGAAGGUGGACAACGCGUGGAUGUCGGAUUACCAGAAAAAUCUCUUCAAACAGAUGUAUGGGGGUGCGUCUCACGAGGUCGAAAAGCUGGUCCCCAAUCUGCGCGACAAGAGCCGAUACGUCCUGCACUAUCGGAAUCUGCAGCUUGGCAUGCGCCUGAAAAAGAUCCACAGGGCACUCCGCUACGAUCAAAGCCCAUGGAUGGAGCCCUACAUCAGGAAAAACACCGAACUCCAGAAGAAGGCAAAGAGUGACUUUGAAGUCAACCUCUACAAGCUGCUGAACAACAGCGUAUUUGGCAAGACGAUGGAGAACCUCCGAAAGCGUGUCGAGGCGAAGCUGCUCCGGCCAAGCGAGGACGAGAGACUCCGCAAACUUAUCGCCAAGCCGACAUACAAUCGGCAUCUCAUCUUUGGCGAUGAGACCUCGCAGCCGUUCACAUGA